CGAAAACAUAUCGUCGGAUGCUGCUGGAGGUCAGCCAUUGCUGACUGUUCCACUGCAGCUACUACAGAACAUGCAGGCGACUGCAGCUAGUCAGAAGGGGGCGCCGGACGACUUUGACGAGGAUUCCGAUGAGUGCGAUGAGCCUCCGCCCGAGGUGCUCAAGCGUUAUCUGUCGAUGAGGCGGCACACGGUCGGCGUCGGCGACCACAGGCACGAGCUCCCAGAGGACAUCCGUGCACAGCUCAUGCAGCUUCCUCCGUCCGCUAACGACCUGAGCACCGCCGUACCGUUGCUGCCGACGUGCGGCGCCGCGGCGACGGCGGCAGCAUCCGCAGGAGGAGGAGCAGAGAUGCUGAGCAUCAAUCCGGGUGCAGCGCGUGGCUUCCGUCCCGCGGCGAAGUUCCCGCACAAAGAUGCAACGAUGCUGCGGCCGCCACCGUUCAUGUCGCACUUACUGUUGCGUUUCAUCACAGCUGAGCUGCAGCAGAAGCAUACGCUGCAUGUACAGGAGCGGCGGUGUGGGAGCACGCCUGAGAGCAUGCACCUUGGUGAGAUGACGUCGCCACUCCUCACCGUUACCCCGCAGUCACUGCCAAACGGCCGCUGUCGCUCGCCACCCACAGGCGGCUCGCCCAGCAGUGCGAUUCCGAGCCCGUCGGGAUGCACCGAGCUGCAGUCGAGUAUGUUGCAACAGCAGCUGCAGCACUUGCAGCUUCAGCAAGUGUCACCGCUCAGUGCGCAGCCCGUGUACAGCCUGCAGAGCUUUCCGCAGCCGAGGAACAGCCCUCCGCCCAUGGCCUUUCAGAACCUGCACAUGAUACAGGAGGACAUAGAACAGCAGAUCCAGCUGCCUGAAUCUAGCAGCUGUCAGAGACGCAGGUCCAGUGAUAUCAGUACAAGUCAUUCCAGAUGCUCGAGUGAUAUGAACGACGACGUUGACAUGGAGAUGCAAAUGGACCUGGCAACCAUGUCGCCAUUGCAGCAGCCGCACAUCAGCAUCCCGACGAGGAAGGCGAAGCGGCCCAUAAAGCGCGACCUCUGCCCCGCGUACCUCACUGCGCCCGACGGUCAGCGCGACGACGGGCUGUACGCGGCGGCGUCGCCCGCGAGCGUGUGUUUCGCAUCGCGUGCAUCCGACGACAGUCGCGCGCUCGCGCCGUGUCCGCCGGCCGAUUGA